ACAGUGGUGCCAGCCAGCUCUGACAGGCCCCUGGCAGCAUGGCAGUAAAGCUCGGGGCUGUCCUGCUGGUGUUUGGGCUCAGCCUGGUCUGGCCAGCUUCUGCUCACCGGAAGCUCCUGGUGUUUCUUUUGGACGGCUUUCGCUCAGACUACAUCAGUGAGGAGGUCCUGGCAUCCUUGCCUGGCUUCAGAGAGAUUGUGAGCAGGGGAGUCAAAGUGGAUUACUUGACUCCAGACUUCCCCAGCCUCUCCUAUCCCAAUUACUACACUCUAAUGACAGGCCGCCAUUGUGAGGUCCACCAGAUGACCGGGAACUACAUGUGGGAUCCCAGUACCAACAAAUCCUUCGACAUCGGGGUCAACCGAGACAGCCUGAUGCCCCUCUGGUGGAAUGGGUCAGAACCCUUGUGGAUCACUCUGAUGAAGGCCAGGAGGAAGGUCUACAUGUACUACUGGCCAGGCUGUGAAGUUGAGAUUCUUGGUGUCAGACCAACUUACUGCCUAGAAUAUAAAAACGUCCCAACGGAUAUCAAUUUUGCCAAUGCAGUCAGUGAUGCUCUUGACUCGUUAAAGAGCGGCCGAGCUGAUCUGGCAGCCAUAUACCAUGAGCGCAUUGAUGUGGAAGGCCACCACUAUGGACCCUCGUCACCUCAGCGAAAAGAUGCCCUCAAAGCUGUGGACACGGUGCUGAAGUAUAUGAUCCAGUGGAUCCAGGAACGAGGCCUGCAGAAUGACCUAAAUGUCAUCAUUUUCUCAGACCAUGGGAUGACAGACAUCUUCUGGAUGGAUAAAGUGAUUGAGCUGAGCAAGUAUGUCAGCCUCGAUGACCUGCAGCAAGUGAAGGACCGAGGGCCUGUUGUGAGCCUGUGGCCAGCCCCUGGCAAACACUCUGAGAUAUACCACAAACUCAGUACAGUGGAACACAUGACCGUGUAUGAGAAAGAAGCAAUACCCAGCAGGUUCUAUUAUAAGAAAGGGAAAUUCGUCUCUCCUUUGACUUUGGUGGCUGAUGAAGGGUGGUUCAUAACGGAGAAUCGAGAGACGCUUCCGUUCUGGGUGAACAGCAGUGGCAAGCGGGAAGGCUGGCAACGUGGAUGGCAUGGAUACGACAACGAGCUCAUGGACAUGAGAGGCAUCUUCCUGGCCUUCGGACCUGAUUUCAAGUCCAACUUCAGAGCUGCUCCGAUCAGAUCUGUGGACGUCUACAACGUUAUGUGCAAUGUAGCAGGCAUCACCCCACUGCCCAACAACGGGUCCUGGUCCAGGGUGGUGUGCAUGCUGAAGGGUCAGACCAGCUCGGCUUCAUCGGUUUCACUGAACCGCUGUGCCCUGGUCUUGAUUCUCCUCUUAUGCUUUGUAUAGCUGGUCGGAUUACUCAUUCCAAAACACUGCUGCAGCGAGGCCUGCCACCAGCACGGGACAGUUUUCAUUUUCUUUAUCAAUAAUAGCUUAUUAACACAAUCAAGGCCAUUAAAGUUAUAAAUACAU